UUUUUCGAAUCAGUCAGUGGAAGGUGGAGGUGAAGUGUCAUCGAGUAAGUUUGGUGGUCACCGCAAUGUAUUGUAUGGGAACUGGUCAUGAAGAACAAACGGACUUACUAGUACUGUCAUUUAAGUGUACCUAGUUUUGUACAUAGAGUUUCAGACAUUAACGAAAGACAAGUACUGGCAUACUUGAACAGUUGUUUAGCUAGUGUCGUAAGCUAGCUGUGGACUGCUACAGCAUCUAGCGAUAAGCUAGAAGCUAGCUGUCGAUACUGACACUGUUAUUAGCAUUUAGCUAAUGUUACCUGGCCAGUUUCGGCUAGCGUUAACGUUACCAGAGCCGUCCCUUAUUAGCAGCUAGACAUUCUCUGACGUUACCUUAUGUUACCUUCACAAGACAUUUCUUUUAGACUAGUAAUUCAUCUAUAUCAUCUGUUGUAAUUACACUUAAUUGUAGUAAUGGCUUUGAGAUUGACUUUUGGACAGUGAGGAAAUGUUAAAUUGUUAUAAUGAAUGUCUGACGUUAACUGAACCAGUUUAUGUCAUCACAGAAGUCAUCGACGAUGAAGGCAAAGGAAUUUUCACGUGAUAUGGGAUAAAUGUGGCUUCUCCAGCUUCUGAAACGCUGCUAUUGACUUUUACUGAACGGAUUCCAAAAGUGUGCUGAUAUUGGUUGAUCUAUAUGUUUUUAACUAUCGCAAGGGGUACAUAUCUGUAAUUGUUGUGCCUAUCCGUUGAGAACAUAUCCUAGUAGUGAGUCCCGUCCCUUCUAACACGGAAACGGAGUUUACGGCAUGUCUAUCUCCAAAUACAUUUUGUUAUCCUCAUCCUCCUGAAGCUGAUUAAAAUCUAACGGCUAACGAGCACCAGUGUGAUCGCUAUGGGCACAACGUUGAGUGAACCUUGCAUCUAUGACAAACUGUCUGAAAGCAUCGACAUUUUACGGCAGUCGGGAUAUCGUUAUGGCAUGUCCGAGAGGGAGAUUGAGAAGUUCAUUAAACAAGUACUGGAGACCAACGAACCACGGAGGGAGCCACCCCAAUUCCCCAUUCUGCGAGCCACCAUCAAGUUUGUUGUAGCUAUAGGUUUCCUGGUGGUAGCUGUGUUGGCUUUCACCUACCCCCAGCAUCCUCGUCAGUUGGAGUCACUAGACUCAGACAGCCAUAACUGGUCCUCCCCCCUCAGUCAUGUGCGGCUACUGUCACUGCCUAUUGCCAAGAAGUAUAACCUGCAAGGAUUUCAUGAGUGGUGGAGUGUUGGGGCCUUACAUCAAGCUCUGGUAAACUGCUCUGGCUGUGCAGAUGUCUCUGCCAUUACAGAGCUCUCUGAGUCUCAAACAGACUUCAGUGGGCUACGUGCCAGACCCCAGCCUGUCUUACUCAAGGGCGGCGAGUCUCUGACCCUGCAGAAGCAUCAGCUGGAGCAGCUUUACUCGGCCCAUGCGGCCUCCAUGAGUAUCCUACUAGAGGAGCAGGACAGCAGUCUCUCCCAUGAGGAGCGAUUUCCCCAGGGCCCCGCCAACUUCACCCUGCUCUGGAGGUUCGCCACAGGGGCCAGGGAGAAGGUGUUGCGGUGGCUGUUCCCCAAAGCAGAGCUCUGUCACCUGCUGGACAGUGCAGGAACUAUGCUGCAGCGCUGCCAAGUCACUCACAGCACCAGUUCCCAAACCAGGGGAGUGGAGGUGCUAGGCUGGCUGGUAGUGGGAGAGGGCCACCCCACGCUGCGGGUGCUGCCUGUCCACCACUGCCAGAAACAGUGCAACUCCUUCAACCUCUGGCUCGGCCCUGGAGAUAUGGUGUAUGCUGAUCCACGCUACUGGCAGAUGGAGCUGUUCCCUGGAAGAGGACAAAACAUUGUGUGCGAUGGCUCGGCCUUCUAAGAGAGGAACAAAUGACUUGGCCGAAGCCCAUCGGAAUGGGAGUGAAUGUGGUGUUGGAACAGCCCCCGCCAUAGAUGACAGGCUCUGUGCUCCUGCUGCAUAGAGACCUCCCCACAGGCGCCCAGCUAUCAGGAAUAGCACCACCGUUUGUUUAUCACGUGCCUCUGUGUGUGAACCUGUGCGUUCAUCUGUAGGGACUGAACUAAUUGCCAGCUUUGCCUCAGCUUUGCCUCAGCCUCUUGAGGGUCUUUUUUCAUGAGAAGUUCUCGUUAUGAUUUCUUGGAUGAUCUCAAAGGUCAGCGAUUCCCACCAAACCCCCGAGUACCUACUAGUGGUGAACCACCACUAGACACAGCUCUCAGGGGUCAAGGAACCAGCUAUGAGGAAAUCAAGAAGCCGAUUCAGAGCCCUAUGUGUUCUUUUUGUUUUAUGUUCUUCGGUUAUUUGGGUCAGGACCGCCCAACUAGCCUGCAGUCGAACUCCUAUGAGGAUAUGAUGAAUUGGAUUUAUAACAGCCAGGAUGAAGUGGUUGUUUUGUGCUUCAUAGGUGUUAGUGACUGUCUGAAAAUAAAGGCCUCCAUGCUCUAGUGUACAAAAUGACUUAAUUUAAUUCCAGAUGGCAUUAAUGACAUUGUAUCCAGAAAUGCUCUGUUAUUCAGCAACCGUUCACAUUCUUAUUUAUCUCUCUGUCUCAUUACUUGUGCCAGAUUUUGACACCUGGUGGAUUGUCGUUACACAAUGCCAUAGAUGAUAUUCUCUUUAUUUGCCUGGUCUGUUAGUCACCUCUGCCUUUGGUGGCUUUGCCUGUGAAGCACUUUAUAUUGGUCGUGUCUUGCUGACAGUCACUUUUUUCUCUCCUUAUGGAACUCAUAUUUGUUCUUCAUAAACAAACUGUUGCUCUGUCACUGUACAUUGUAUGCCUGUAGUCACUUACAGGUUGCAUAUUUACACAAACUGGAAUUGUUAUGUGUUCCUGUCUUAUCACUGCAAUCUUGAAUAACAGUCUGCUUCGUCCUUAGCUGAUAAAUUCAGCUUGGUCUUUUACAGGUGAUGUGACAUUGGACAGAUUAAACGCCAUGGACACUAAUACUUGUUUUAUUUUAUUUUGAGAUAUUUCGUCAAUGUUGAUUUGAUUACAUGUAAUCAUGGAGGCAAGCCAAUGAAAAUAUGUUUUGGGUUUAUCUUGUCAAUGUGUCACAGCAUAAAGUUUUGUUAGGUAUAAUGUAA